AUGGAGCCUGGACGUGGAGGCCCUUCUGUGCUGCCCCUCUGGCCCCGGCCUAGGCGGCAGCCUGCCCUGUGGCCUACCCUGGCCGCUCUGGCCCUGCUGAGCAGCAUCGCCGAGGGCGAGGCCUCCCUGGGCCCCGCACCCAGCAGCCCGGUCCCCCGAGAAGGCCCCGCGCCGGCCCCGGCGCCCCCCGCGGGUCCCCUGCCUGGGGGCCGCGCGGCCGGUCUGUGCGGCGGAAGAGCCCGGCGGCCGCCGCCCCCGCCGCCCGCGCACUCGCCCGCUGCCCCCCGAGGGCCCCGCGCUGCGCGGGCUGGGGGCCGGGGCGGCCGCGGGAGCCGGGGGAGCCGCGCGCGGGCCGCGGGGGCGCGGGGCUGCCGCCUGCGCUCUCAGCUGGUGCCGGUGCGCGCGCUCGGCUUGGGCCACCACUCCGAUGAGCUGGUGCGUUUCCGCUUCUGCAGCGGCUCCUGCCGCCGCGCGCGCUCCCCGCAUGACCUCAGUCUGGCCAGCCUGCUGGGUGCCGGGGCCCUGCGGCCGCCCCCCGGCUCGCGGCCCGUCAGCCAGCCCUGCUGCCGACCCACGCGCUACGAGGCCGUCUCCUUCAUGGACGUCAACAGCACCUGGAAGACCGUGGACCGCCUCUCGGCCACUGCCUGCGGCUGUCUGGGCUGAGGGCUCACUCCGAGGGUAUGCGGAAGCACCCUUACCUGUGGAUCUAACUGCCUGGGGCCGGCCGGGGGCCUCGGCCGGAGACGGAGGCUUCGGCCGGGUGAGUUGACAGACAUCAGCCCUGCGGAGAUAGAGGCACGACUGACCAGCGGCCCCAGGGCUCUCACCCUGCCGGCCUCAGCCCCGCAGACACCAGAAACCUCAGCUGUGGAGACCCGAGGACCCACUGCUCACAGACUCUGGCACUGACCAGGCCAUGGACCCAGGACUCCUCCUCUGGAGAACCCAGAUGUGCCAGGUUGCAGCCUCAGCCCAGGCCUGGGGGGACAGAUCUGGAGACACAUUACAAUUGUGUUGGGGAAGUGCCUGUGCUGGAGUGGGCCUUGGACUCACUCGUGGGAGCUGGACCCCUAUUUAUUACUUCUAAGUUAUUUAUUUA